AUGGAAAAUCACACUGCACCCAGCGACCCCAAAGACCCAGCGGCCUUCCUCUCCUCCAUUAUCGGGGUCCCUGUGACGGUCAAGCUGAACUCUGGACUGGUGUACAAGGGUGAAUUGCAGUCUGUAGAUGGGUACAUGAACAUUGCUCUGGAAAAAUGCGCCGAAUACGUGAAUGGACAAUUACGGAGAAACUACGGUGAUGCUUUCGUGAGAGGAAACAAUGGUGAGUGUCUCCCUCCUCUCCUGGGGGUCUUUACGGCUGAGGACACUUGGGCCAAAGCCAGAGGGGAUCGAGGAAUUCCCAAUUGUGGAAAAGCGCGGGAAAAAAAAGCUGACGAGAUUUCGACGUAUAGUGCUAUAUAUUUCGAGCGACUGAGUUUUCGAGUCAACGCAUGCGACAGGACAUCAACUCGAGAAGAAACUUUGGGGGUGUGCGGCUGCCGUGUACUCGGACUGGGGGAUGCGCCCUAG